AUGACUAGCUGGCGAUAUGUCACAUCGAGGCAUCUAAUCAAACCAACUAGGCACUCAAACGUGUCACCACUAUCCUACCUCUCUCGCGCUUGGGCAUCGCAAUCUUCAGUACGAUGCUUCUCCAGCUCGACGUCGACUCACUCGGAUCCUAUAGAAAAGGGCCCCGAGGACUUCAUUGCGUCGUUGAGGGCGGAUCUCAAGAAUUCGAUGAAAAUCAAGGACUUGACUCAGAGAGAUGCGAUCAAAUCUCUAUUGGGCGACUUGCAAAAUUCGGAACACAACAAAACCCGACAAACUCACGAAAAACUGCUCAACGCGGCGAUCAAAAGAAGACUAGAAGCUGCAAAGAUCUCACUGGAAUCGAACCCACCUCGUAUUGAAUUAAACCAACAAAACUUGCAGGAAGUUGAAAUCCUGAAAAAAUAUAUGAGGUUCUUCUCUUCGAGUAAUUCCGCCCAAAACUCAAAUGAAGAGGCAUUAUUAAAAACGGUCAAUGAUUGUAUCCAACGACUCGGGUUAUCUCCCGAUGCGAAUCCACAACAGCGUCAGAGUUCUCUUGGAAAGUUGAUUAAAUCUGUGAAGGACAACGUAGAUAACACCAUCGAUGGCAAAGACAUCGCCAAUGCUGCUAGGAAAGCUCUGCGAAUAUGUUGA